AUGUCCAAUACACUAUUCGACGAUGAGCGUCAAAAGCGGCUUGACAAACGGGACGCAGCUGAUUUUAUCAUGCAACGAGGCAUGAGUAACGGCCUUGUCUACGAUGAGCAACGUGCUGAAUUCACUACAUCCAGCUUGCGCCACAAUUACGCGACACAGCUUUCGAACGCUCUCAGCUGUUACUAUAAUUCAGAUCCCUCGAACCAACUCGUUAAGUUCUCCCGAUCCGCCAGCUUGGAUGAGGUCUCAAAGAUUGCAAAGAAAGUAGAGGCAUCCAGUGACAAAAAAAAGCUCACCUGGCAAGAUGUGAUCGAUACUGCGAAGGGAGCUGAAGCAGCCUACAAUCGGAAGGGUUUUGUCAGGAAAUUCGGUCGUUCUAUGGGAGAUAUGGGACCUGCCGUUGUUGAUAAACUGGACCAAGCACCUGAAGAUAUGUACAUCGGCGUCGUUUGCCGUGGACUCAAACUCAUCUUUGGUGUGGCCAUACAACUGGCGUCGAAAAGACAGAAGAUCUUCGAAGCUUUCGAGGGCAUACCCGACCAAAUCAAAGUUGUGCAGGGCAACGAUAGAUUCUUCUCUUGCGAUCUCGAUUAUCGUACUUUGAGACAUGACUUUGAUGUGUGCUUGUUGACAGCAAUUGGCAGGUCCAUCGAGUGGCUGGUCAAGCCAACAAUAUGGAAGACCAUCGAAGCAGUGAUCAAGGGGCCCCUUACAGCGAAAUCCGUAGAAGAAUCUAUGGACGCUCUACAAGACAAGUCCAACAAAUUGACCGCUCGCAUAGUUCUCCUCGAUAGGACAAAGCUGCACUUCAUUGGGAAUCUGGCUAGCUCGACUGAUCGCAAGAUUAAUGAAAUGUUGGCUCUGCUCACACAGCAAAACAGAGUCCAGUCUCAGGAACAGGCGCGUGAAGAGAAAAAGAAGCUACUGAAAGUUUUUGGGUGCAACGCAUUCCUCUCGCUCUUUGAAACAGCCAGAAAAGCACGCAGCCAGCACAUUUUACCUGCCGUACAUCAUCAGGUGGCAAAGAAGCCAAAGCUAGAGAUUGUUCCAAAGAUUCUGCAUCAAGCCGAGCUCACAAGCUUUAUGGCCAUACCCGACGGCAUGUUCUCGGACACAACCAGGAUCAUUCAGAGCAGCGCUCGGUUUGACAUUGAGGAGAUGAAGAUCGCCUACGCCAUAGCGAAAAGUACAGAUUUUCUUGAGUGGUCGAACGCGACCCGGGGAAUACUGUUCUUGAACGGCUCCGGUAAGAUUACUGCGGCUCGGGAGUCUUCCACUUCGGCACUGUUUGCUUCUUUAGUGAUUGGUACCAUCGAUGAUCCUACCGUAACUGUACUCUAUUUCUUCUGCGGUUUGCACUGCAAUUUUGGUGGAGUCGUUUCUGGUCCAAAAGGCUUGAUGCGGAGUUUGAUAGCGCAAUUGUCGGUCAAACAAAACUUCGACCUGAACUUCAUUGAUGAUCAACUGAAGCGAGAGGAAGUUCGAGAUCACGACAUACACAGGCUCUGCGAGACCUUCUCGGCGAUGGCCUUUCAACUGCCCGCCGACCACGAGGUCUGCUGUCUCAUCGAAGGCAUCUCCUGGCUCGAAACACCAAGUUGGCGAGAAGAUCUUACUGCAACGAUAGCUUAUCUGUGUUAUCUGAGUGUGGACCCUCGUUGUCAGGCUCGUUUCAAGCUUCUGGUCUCGUGUCCAGUAAGAAGCUUGAUGUUGACGAAAGAGGUGAAGCAGUAUGGCGAGGUUGCGAACGUGGUUGAAAAAGAGAGCUUCGGGAGGGGUCUGUUCGACUACGAUGAACUUUAUCCCGAUGAGGAAUUUAAAGUGUGGGAGCACACGAUGUUUGGAAUUUUUCACAAGAAAGCCAAAGUCACAAUUCAGUGA